CUUAUCUAAUUGAGUAGUGGGUCUGUGCGCAGGUGAGCCUCAGGGGAGCCCGCAGGCGGUGCUCGCCCAGUGACUGCCCCGAGGCUGCGUGGGAGCGGGUCGGGACUGGAAGAGCCUCAGCCUGAGGGUUACCUCCUUCCUGGACACCCAGCUCCUCAGGGCUCAGGAAGGCGUCCUCCUCACCACCAUCUUGUCUAGUGAGCCUCCCGAAAACUGAUGAAGUCGGGCAGUGCGCAGCCCGCAGCUGUAGCAGGUCAAACGAUGCCCAGCAUCCCAACCAUGCGGCGCCUCACAAUUGAUGAUUUUGAAAUCGGGCGUCCUCUCGGCAAGGGAAAAUUUGGGAAUGUGUACCUGGCUCGGCUCAAGGAAAGCCAUUUCAUUGUGGCCCUGAAAGUCCUCUUCAAGUCCCAGAUAGAGAAGGAAGGACUGGAACACCAGCUGCGCAGAGAAAUUGAAAUCCAGGCACAUCUACAACACCCCAAUAUCCUACGCCUGUACAACUACUUCCAUGAUGCACGCCGGAUGUACCUGAUUCUAGAAUAUGCUCCAAGGGGUGAGCUCUACAAGGAGCUGCAAAAGAGCCACACAUUAGAUGAACAGCGUACAGCCACGGUAAUGGAGGAGUUGGCAGAUGCUCUGACCUACUGCCAUGAAAAGAAGGUGAUUCAUAGGGAUAUUAAGCCAGAGAACCUGCUGCUGGGGUUCAGGGGUGAGGUGAAGAUUGCAGACUUUGGCUGGUCUGUGCACACCCCCUCUCUAAGGAGAAGGACAAUGUGUGGGACACUGGACUACUUGCCCCCAGAAAUGAUUGAGGGGAGAACAUACAAUGAGAAGGUGGAUCUAUGGUGCAUUGGAGUGCUCUGCUACGAGCUGCUGGUGGGAAAUCCGCCCUUUGAGAGCCCCUCCCAUAAUGAGACCUACAGACGCAUCCUCCAGGUAGAUGUAAGGUUUCCCCCAUCAAUGCCUUUGGGGGCUCAGGACUUGAUCUCCAAGCUUCUCAGAUACCAGCCCUCGGAGCGGUUGCCCUUGGUCCAGAUCUUGGAGCACCCAUGGGUCCGGGCCCACUCUCGGAGGGUGCUUCCCCCAUCUGCUCAAAUGGUUUCCUGAGCCCUGUAUACCCCUAAUCCUUUGUGAUUGCUCAUGGAGCCCCCUUGGCUCUGGUAUCUACUGUCUUUUGUUUCUUCUCUUUUACGAUGCAUCUUGCUAAUUAAUAAAAGCUGAAUCAUUUUGUACCAGG